UAAAGAAAGAAAAGGGAAAGAAAAAGGAAAACAGAAAAAAAAACGAAAAGCAGCUAAGCGAGCCAGCGACAGAAAGGGGAGAGGCAGGGCAGCGCCUCCGAGUCCCAAAACCCUAGCCAUUUCUGGUUCCCUACCUCGCGCCUCAGGAAUCUUCCAGAAGCUUCUAGACCCCGCGCGGAUCCUCCCUCCCGGUAAGCUCACUCCACCGGAUCUCCUCGAGCCGCGAGCUCCCCUAGCGAGAUUUGACGCGGUUUCGGGCGGCGGCUCCAGGCUUGGGCUCGACUUUGGGGGAAUCGCAACGCUGGCGGCGGUGGGCAGGUGAUGGCGGAUCCGCCUCGGGGUGGGGGAUCUAGAUUUCGGAGCUCGAGAGCGAAGGUGGAGUCGGACGAGUGGGUCGUGCGGUUGAAGCUAGGGUUUUGCAGGGCGAGGAGGGAGGGGAGGAGGGAAGGAUGCUGACCAUCCUGCGGGUGCACCUCCCGUCGGAGAUCCCUAUCGUGGGCUGCGAGAUCACGCCCUACGUGCUCCUGCGGCGCCCCGAUGGCGGCAUCUCCACCGAAGAUGUGCAUGAGGCCAUCCCUCUGGAUGGGCACUUUAUGCGGUAUAAAUGGUACCGCAUACAAAGUGAUCGAAGAGUCGCUGUCUGCAAUGUUCAUCCAACAGAACAGGCAACAAUACAGUGCUUGGGGUGUUUGAAGUCAAAAAUACCAGUUGCUAAGAGCUACCAUUGUUCUGCUAAGUGCUUCUCAGAUGCCUGGCAACACCACAGGGUGUUGCAUGAACGUGCUUUGAGCGCUUUAAAUGAAAAUGGCAACGAAGAGGAGGAGUUAUUUGGCCGAUUUGGUAGUGGCAAUGCAGGGAUUAUAAAUGCCAGUUUAUCUGGCUCAACAUCAAAUAUUGGACAGAGCUCAAGUGUUAAUAAUGGACCUACACCUGUGUAUCCCACUGGAACUGAAAAGAAUUCUGGUGAAACUUGGUUUGAAGUGGGACGUUCACGGACGUAUACGCCAACUGCUGAUGAUAUUGGGCAUGCCCUAAGAUUCGAAUGUGUAGCAGUGGAUUCAGAAACAAGGUCGAGUGUGGGAGCUCCAACUUCAAUCAUGACAUCUCGUGUAAUUCCUGCUCCAACACCCACUCCGCGUCGUCUGAUACCAGUGAAUUCGGCUGAUGUAAUGGGACACUUUGAUCUAGACAGCCGAAAUUCUUCUUUUGGGACAUUCACAGUGUUGUCUUACAAUAUUCUUGCUGAUACAUAUGCAACAAGUGAUACAUACAGCUAUUGCCCAACUUGGGCACUUUCAUGGCCUUACAGAAGACAAAAUUUGCUGCGUGAAAUAAUUGGUUACCAUGCGGAUAUCAUCUGCCUUCAGGAGGUACAAAGUAACCACUUUGAAGAAUUCUUUGCACCGGAGCUUGACAAACAUGGAUAUCAGGCACUGUUCAAGAAAAGGACAACUGAGGUGUACACUGGCAAUCUCCAAUCAAUUGAUGGAUGUGCUACUUUCUUUCGAAGGGACAAAUUUUCACAUGUCAAAAAAUACGAGGUUGAGUUUAAUAAGGCUGCACAGUCUUUAACUGAUGCAAUUAUUCCAGCUGCUCAAAGAAAAGUGGCUUUAACUCGAUUGAUUAAGGAUAACAUUGCGUUGAUUGCAGUUUUAGAAGCUAAGUUUGGUAGCCAUGGGGCUGAUAACCCUAGCAAAAGACAGCUCCUUUGUGUGGCAAAUACGCAUAUCAAUGUUCACCAAGACCUCAAAGAUGUCAAGCUAUGGCAGGUUAACACCCUCCUAAAAGGUUUAGAAAAAAUAGCUGUCAGUGCGGACAUUCCAAUGCUGGUCUGUGGAGAUUUCAAUGCAACCCCUGGAAGUACUCCACAUGGGCUUCUUGCAAUGGGGAAAGUUGAUCUGAUGCAUCCAGAUCUAGCAAUAGAUCCUCUUGGAAUUUUGCGACCAGCAAGCAAGUUGACACACCAGCUUCCUCUGGUGAGUGCGUACUCUUCAUUUGCAAGGAUGGUUGGUGCUGGUUAUGAUUUGGAGCACCAGAGGAGGAGAAUGGACCCUGCAACAAAUGAACCACUUUUCACAAAUUGCACGAGGGAUUUCACUGGGACCAUUGAUUACAUAUUUUACACAGCGGAUUCGUUAUCAGUGGAAUCGUUGCUGGAACUUCUGGAUGAGGAUAGCUUACGGAAAGACACUGCGCUUCCUUCACCUGAAUGGUCAUCAGAUCAUAUAGCACUCUUAGCAGAAUUUCGGUGCAAGCCUAGAGUUAGACGAUGAUACCCUAGGUACAUCCAUGUUCACUAGGAGGUGCUCUAGCGGCGUGAUUACCAACAUACACAAGGGAACAUACCCUCAGGGGAAGUAAGAUUAACAAUCUUAAGGAAGGGAGGAUUGUUAUGUUCAUUACUCUUUUCAUUUCUGCCCUGAUUUUUUUAGUGGCUCUAGCUGGAUUGCGACUUUCUAUAGGUGAAAUAUCCACGCAAAGAGAAAUAUUUAAUAGCAUCAUUGUUAGUUUUUUUCAAUUUCAGUCUGUCUACAAUUUUUCCUUACCAUGGAAUCUAGUUCUUACAAGCUGGAAAUGAUCCCUUCCAUAAUCCAUUGUGUACGUCUCACUUUUUUUUUUUUGGCUGACAUGUAAAUCUGUCACGUGGGUCGGUGCUAGUUUUCGGAAAUGUUAAUUGUUGUUUAAGAGCCAUAGUUGCCAACUGAAGUACAGUUAUCUUGAAGGAAAUGAAAUUACGGGUUUGGUUUGUUGCAAAAA